CUCUGCCACAUCGCUUUUCUACAUGACGUGUGGCUGCUAACUGAUUUUUAACCUUCCUUUCUCACCCGUUUUCACACACAUUCAGGGAGGUUUAUCGCGGGGCGGAAGCGGGGCACCAUGCCUGUGGAGAGAACGGAGCACCGCGGAGCCGAGGAGCUCCACAAAUACUAUGAGGUUUAUGAGACCAUCGGCUCAGGAGGCUUUGCCAAAGUCAAGAUGGGUCGACACAUCCUGACUGGAGAGAAGGUUGCCAUUAAAAUCAUGAACAAGAAGGAUCUCGGGGUUGACCUGCCUCGUGUGAAGGUGGAGAUUGAGGCCAUGAAGAACCUGAGUCAUCAGCACGUCUGUCGUCUGUACCAUGUCAUUGAGACCUCCACCCAGAUCUUCAUGGUGCUGGAGUACUGUCAAGGUGGGGAGUUGUUCGACUACAUCAUAGCAAAAGACCGUCUGUCAGAGGAGGAGACCAGGGUUUUCUUCAGACAGAUAGUGUCCGCGUUGGCCUACGUCCACAGCCAGGGAUACGCACACAGGGAUCUCAAACCGGAAAACCUGCUGAUUGACGAAGACUACAACUUGAAGCUUAUAGACUUUGGAUUGUGUGCCAAACCCAAGGGUGGUUUGGGUUAUGAGCUGAUGACGUGUUGUGGAAGCCCCGCGUACGCUGCACCUGAACUCAUCCAGGGAAAAGCCUAUAUUGGCUCAGAGGCCGACGUCUGGAGUAUGGGGGUGCUGCUGUUCGCUCUUCUCUGUGGGCACCUACCCUUUGAUGACGACAACUGCAUGGUCCUCUACAGGAAGAUUACAAGGGGUAAAUAUGAUAACCCUCAGUGGCUGUCCCCGGGUAGUGUUCUCCUCCUCAACCAGAUGAUCCAGGUGGAGCCCAAGCGGCGUCUUAGUGUUCGACAGCUGCUUGACCAUCCAUGGGUGAUAAAAGACUACAACAGCCCCGUGGAGUGGCGUAGCAGGCAGCCGCUCGGCCACAUCGACGAGGACUGCAUCACGGAAAUGGCCGUCAACUUGAAGCGAUCGAGGGGGAGCGCCGCGGCGUUGGUCGAGGAGUGGCAGUAUGACCAGACCACUGCCACCUACCUGCUGCUGCUGUUGAAGAAGCAGAGGGGCAAACCUGUUCGCCUGCGCCCCAAGCCGACCGCAUGCGAGGACUCCUGCUCUCCACUGCACCGGGGACUGCAGACGAGGGAAGCCCUUCACUUCAGCGAGGACGAGGACGCCGUGAUUGUGGGUUCUCUGGACUUCGGAUCGGAGUUCAUCGAUGAUUGCCCGUGGGUCACACGCUGCACACCCAAGGGGGUCCGAGGUCAGCCGGAUGGAGCGGCGAACCACAAAGACGUGAGACCAACAUCUCCAUCAGUGGAGAGAAGGUGCGCCGAUAGCCCCACCCCAGAGAGGGGCCGCACCACAGCACAGCACCACCAGGAGAGGAGGUACAGGGAGCAAGAGCAAGCUGGCGAAAACAAGGAGAACAAGCAAAACAAGGACAAUGUUGCCACCAGCCGGGCGAAAGAUGGCGAGAUAUUCGCAUUGCCUCCUCCUCGCACUCCAGUGUCCAGUAAGAAGACCGGGCGGAUGCACAAGAACGUGUUGACCACGCCCAACCAAAAUGCUCACACCAGUGCCACCAAAACCGCCGCGGUCACACCCAAAGGUGGAGGCAGUGCCUCCAAAGAGCACAGUAAGAAGAGAGUAGUGGAGUUCAAGGAGCUUGCAAACGUUGAAAUACUGGCUUUCAGUCCUGAUCGAAGGUCGAGGUCGUUGGACAUGGCGGUCACAGACGACAGCGGGACGAAGAAGAGGGGGGGAAAGGUGUUCGGUUCUCUGGAGAGAGGCCUGGACAAGAUGAUCACCAUGCUCACCCCCAGCAAGAGGCGAGCCCUGCGCGACGGCCCGCGCAAGAUCAAGGCGCAGUACAACGUUACUCUGACCACUCAGACCAAUCCAGACCAGAUCCUCAACCAGAUCCUCUCCAUCCUGUCGGAGAAAAACAUUGACUUCACACAGAAGGGGUACACCCUAAAGUGUCAGACCUGGGGCGACUUUGGGAAGGUCACCAUGGCAUUUGAGCUGGAGGUGUGCAUGCUGCAGAGGCCGGAGGUCGUCGGGAUCCGGCGCCAGAGGCUGAAGGGAGACGCCUGGGUCUACAAGCACCUGGUGGAGGACAUCCUCGCCUCGACCAGCAUCUAGAUCUUUACACUCUCCUGACAACGGCACUUUCUUUUCCAAGCCGAUGGACGCUGGCCCUUUUGUGUGCGAGAGGAAGUGAUGGCUGAUGACCGUUGGGCGCACAGAUUCACACGGGAUGGCGUUACAUUAAACAUGCGAGCGUUGCAGACAGGAUCCUGUACAGCUUAUCUUGUUUUAUGUCGAGCAUUGCUCUUUUACUUUGUAAUUAUUAAGCUGAAGAAUGUUAUUUUACAGUAAACCUUCUGGCUGCUUAGUACCAUAUUUAUGUCUUGUGUUAUUGUUCUCCCUCUGUAGAUGUAAUUUACUGUCAUUAAUUUACACGUGUUCAAGUCUUCCAUCGUGGCGUUUGCUUUUACACUGCGUUGCACGAAGCGUCUGCUUUUACUUCUCAGUGAUGAUCGUCUAGUUUUUUUGUGUCUGUCCCAUUUCUGUGCACAUAAAAGUUGCAAAAUAAAUGAUUUUGGAUGAACGUAA